CGUUCACAGUCUACCAUAUGCAAUGCUUAUGUGGGGGAUGAUCUACUUCGCAAUCGGCCUUCUGUACAACGUGUUCAAGUCUACGACGACGGCCAUGCUGGCAUCAAUUGUCGGCGGGUGCGUGGUUGUUAUCAUGUUCAUAUCGUGGUUCAUCUGGGCAGCGAGAGAGGUUCGUAUUUUCCAACGACUGGCUGAGUUUGUUCUUUCGUUCACUAGCGAGAGAUAGUGUCCAACCUUGGCACUUUGGAAAUUUUUAUCAUGUUGACCAUGCAGUAGCAUUGUUAUCAGCCGAGUCUUCAGUAAAAGCACAUGUAAUGCGUGAACUAGCAUUAACAUUGUUGAUGUUUCACAAAUCUGACGUCUGCAGGGCGGACUGUAAAUUCGCGGGCAGGGAUAAUGACGAUGCGUUCAAAACCGAUCUUCUCAUACUGAUGAGCGACACUGAACCGAAGACGAACAACCAGUUGAAACGUCGUACAAAGGCCGUUCUUCGGGAAACGAAACCUACGUUAACCUCAGUGCAUGGGGUCAAGACAUUUGGUAUAUUGGACGGAAUGAUAGGGACGGCGCAGAGGAAGCCGGUUUGUCAAGUGGUGUACGCUACACAGCACCUGCCAUCAUAGUGACCGAUUAAAAGGGAAAAGAGUCCAACCUGAACCCCCCUGCCUCUGAGUUAACGAGAUUGGCGUAAGGCUGGUUAUUGUUCUUUAUCUGGCCUUUCAAAAAAGCCUACAGAGCCGGCCACUCUCCACUCCUAUACUCCACGCUUCGGAAGUCAUUGCUGACACCGUGCCUGCGACAUCGCGACGUUCCAUAUUCCAAGAUUUGAUCGUCGAACGGGAUGGCGACA